CUCAUGAGUCAUGACAUAUCCCAAUCCCCAACAUCAGGCAGCGAAGCGAAAUGGCCUCCAUUUCGGCUUCGAGGGCCCUUCUCUUCUCCCAUCCGACCAAGCUCUUUCUCUUUCCCUUCAAAGCUUCUUCUUCCCUCUCUUCCAAUUUCUCUACUUCCAUUCGUCUCCAUUUCACCAGAGCCACCUGCAGUCUCCAGAUCUCGCAUUCUCCCUCUGACCCUCAGCAACACCAUCGAGUUCUUCGCCGCAAUGUCGUCGACGUCCUCGAAGAAAGAGGCCUACUUGAGUCCCUCACCAGCGAUGCUCUCAGAACAGCUUGUUCAGACCCUGCUUCUGGACCUCUCAAGGUCUAUUGUGGUUUUGACCCCACGGCUGAGAGCUUACACUUGGGUAACCUUCUUGGACUCAUCGUGCUCUCUUGGUUCCGCCGGUGCGGCCAUAAAGCUGUUGCUUUGAUCGGAGGCGCCACCGCUCGUAUCGGGGACCCGUCUGGGAAGGCCCUCGAGAGACCUGAACUUGAUGUCGAUACUCUGGAGAAGAACACGGCGGGUAUUGGCAACACUAUAAGAAGAAUUCUAGGUGAUGCUCAAAAUAACUACUUGAUUGCGAAUGUCAAUCUCGACGAUUCUUCCCUUGUGAUUUUGAAUAACUACGAUUGGUGGAAGGAGUUUAGUUUGCUGGAUUUUCUGAAACGAGUGGGACGAUAUGCCAGGGUGGGUUCAAUGAUGGCUAAAGAAAGUGUGAGGAAGAGGUUGGAAUCGGAACAAGGAAUGAGCUAUACAGAUUUCACUUACCAGUUGUUGCAGGGCUAUGAUUUCUUAUAUUUGUUCCAAAACGAAGGUGUUAAUGUUCAAAUUGGGGGUAGUGAUCAGUGGGGUAACAUAACUGCUGGGACUGAGUUAAUUCGAAAAAUAUUACAGGCCGAGGGUGCCUAUGGCUUGACAUUUCCUCUUCUCUUGAAAAGCGAUGGUACCAAAUUUGGUAAAUCAGAGGAUGGCGCUGUUUGGUUAUCCCCUUCCUUCUUGUCUCCUUACAAAUUCUACCAGUAUUUUUUCUCUGUCCCGGAUGCUGACGUGAUCAGGUUUAUGAAAAUUCUUACUUUUUUGGAUAUUGAAGAGAUAGACGCAUUGGAGAGAGAGAUGACAAAACCUGGUUAUGUGCCUAAUACCAUUCAGCGGAGGCUUGCUGAAGAAGUUACCCGUUUUGUUCAUGGGGAAGAUGGCUUAAGUGAAGCUCUUAAGGCAACAGAAGCCUUGAGGCCAGGAUCUCAGACAAAGUUGGACUGGAAAACUAUUGAAGGGAUUGCUGAGGAUGUACCCUCUUGCUCUUUAGCAUACGAUAAGGUUUUGAACAUCUCUUUGGUGGAUCUUUCAGUGUCUGCUGGUUUGUUUGACAGCAAAUCUGCAGCGCGACGACUGUUAAAACAAGGAGGCAUUUACUUGAACAAUAACCGAGUAAACAAGGAAGACAAGAGAAUAGAGGCUGUAGAUAUAGUAGAUGGAAAAGUGCUACUUUUAUCUGCAGGCAAAAAGAACAAGGUUCUGGUGCGAAUAGCAUGAACAGUUUUGAUUGAUACUGGGAUUUUCUUUGUAGACUGUUCUCUGCUUUGUAUACUUCUUGCAUGUAUAUUAAAUCUUUGAUUUUGGUAGUUACCACUUACCUUUGAAACAAGUGCAACGAUUGAUCAUCAUGUCUGAUAUUCAAAAGGUGCUUUAACCUCCAUGAAAUUAUUUAUUAAUUAUCUUUUUUGCAUA